UGCAGGGAAAUAGCCAGAUGCUACAUUUUCCAGCUGCUUGUUCACCCUAACUUUCCCUGGAUGUCUCUCAGCUAACCAACGCCAAUCCUGUGUGGUUCAUCAAUUCUUAAGCCAAGGUUAUGUAGCCAGUUCUCCAGCAGAAAUACCUCAGAAGAACCCAUGGUGAAAACAAUAGCUUUGCCCACUGUGAGGACAUGCAACAGCCUAGUACAGUUGUACCCCACAGGGAAUAUCAUUGUUAGGUUAGUGACUUUCAUGGGUUCAACAGUGAAUGACUAAUACACGUAGAACAGCAAAGUGGCUCUGCACGCUGUGAGAAGAUGCAGAGUGCCUUUGCUGUAAUGCUUGUUGAACUACCUUGCUGCCUGGAACGUUGUUAUCCUCUUCCAUGGGAAGGAGUAGCUUCUGAAAGGUGAGAAGGAACAAAGUGGGAAAUGUAUGCAGCCUGUUCUUAAGCUGCUUAAUAUUUGAUGCUAUACAAAGUUUCUAGUGUAAUUUUUUCACUAUGUGGCUUUGAGCUGCAUAAAGGGAAAUACUUGAUUAAAAAGCAUCAGCAGAAAGAGCUACUAGCUUGUGCUGAAGCUGAUCUGGUUCAUCAGAUCAGAGGGACUUAUAAAUAUGCAAAUCACUCAUGGUUGCAAGUGAGAGGGUGGAGGGAGAAUGUUACCGUGAAGUAUAUUCACUCAUUAAUUUUCCAUUGCCCCAAGUGGACACUUCUGCCUUCUUAUUUUUUCGCCUUUAAGGUUCUGACUUUCUCUAAGGAGCUCUUUCUUAUCUUAGAAUCACUAUUUUGCAUGCUUUAGUCUUUCCAUUUCUGUCUAGGAUCAAUCACUGUCAGAGCUGAUUUUGUGUCCUUGUGGCUCUGGUGGUGUACAAAUGACGAUAUGACAUAAUUUGUAGAAGUAUUUCAACAGUUGAAAAUCUGGAGUCUUGAAUCAAGCUUCUCUGUAGGACCCUGAAGAGUAGCUCAGUAGUAGUUCUAGCAACUUCUGAAGAAUUGUUUUAAAACCCUCUGAUUUUUUUUUUAUUUAUUUUCUAUUCUUCAUUUAUAAUCAUUCCAAUGGAUGUGAAACUUGCUUUGGAAGUAAGGUUAUAAAAUCAAUGCAGUUCAAACCAGAUGAAAGAUUUUAAUUAAAAACAAAUACAGCUUCUCCACUACUUCAGGGCGUUGUAGUAAUAUGUUUUUACUGUGUGAGCAGUACUUCUUUAAUAACUGGGAAGUUAGAUUUUUGAAAGCCAGUGAUUUGGCUGACUGCUUAUCUCUUAGUAACUGGAAGCUUUAAAUACAACUGAUUGAAGACUGCCUUUUGAAUAUAUUGUCAAGCCGAAAGCACCUGCCAAAACCAGAUGAUGAUUCCAUUCUUUAAAGUACAUCAGCUGGUAAAUACGGAACUCAAUAUUUUGUCAGCUACCCAAAAGGAAUUGGCAUAAGACAUGACACAGUAAGUAGAAAAUUGAAUUGCAAAUUACAUUUAAAUACUGGAGACCUAAAUAGUAUGUCUGUGAGGUAGAUUUCAAAGUUAAUACAUCUCUUAUUGGAGAUAGUGCAUGAAGGCUACUGUUUUAUCAAGAAGCUAAACUUGUCUUUCUGAUAUUUCUUGUUACUUCCCUGUUUUCUUUUAUACACACUGGCCACGUGAACAAUAUAUUCUCACUGGCAUUUUGGUUCUGUGGGCAACCAUAGCAAAACUCUAUUCAGCAAAUAAAAGCUUGGUAGUGUGUUUUUUUUUAAUUGGUUAGAAAAAUCAAGCUAAGGAAUUGUCAGCUGUGAGGGACUGCAGCUGCUUUUUCAUGUCUCAAUCAGCAGUGUAAGAUGUUUUCUCAUUGUGUAUAUUGUUUACCCUAUCAAAACACUAAAAUCUGACAGCCUCAUAAAUCAAUUGCAUUUCAACUUGAGAGCUCCUGAUGUCAGUAAUGCAUGUUAUCGACACUAAGCAGUUGUUGACGUAGUCUGGUAAGAACGAUUCUUCUUGCAGGUAGGAAGCUGAACUCCACUGUGUGUGCUGCCCAGCUGCAGCAGAAUAAAUAAAUGGGAUUGUCUUGUCAAGCAAUGCUUUUGUGCCAGUAGCUAUGCUUUGGCUGACCUUGUGGUACUGCACAGUAUGUCUCCGGGAGAAAUAAAACCAAGGAGAAUCAUAUUUUACCAAUAUGAUACUGGCCUUUACUAUGGAGUUACUUCUAGUGCAAAACAACUAGCUUACACAUGAGCUAUGCACUGGGCAAAGCUGUGUAAUUUGGCUAGUGCUGAGAAUUUUACUAAUUCACUGAGCAUUCAGGCCAGUUUUUGCUUAGUGCACAGUGGACUGGCUAACAAAGAAUGAUUGCAGUACUUCUUCAGUAGGAAGAUUUGAACAUAGUUUAAUCAGUCAUGCAACUGAACUAUUACAUUUUAUUUUUGUCCUGGAUCUGCUGCCUGGCAAGAUGAUUUACUGUCUAUUGCCUAGUGCCCUAUGAAAAGAAGCAUUUAAAAAACCUCCAUCGGAAUUGAUUAGCUAGGGCAUAGUAUCAUCAAGAGAUGCAUGUUCCACUUGAGAUUUUUCUCCAUUAAAACUGACUGAUUACUAGGGGUAGUUGUAUAGAAUGUUUGCUUCCUUUUCUUUGUCAGAUCAUUUCAUAAAAGGGUGAAUGCUUUCUGAAAGUAACUCUGAUGCCUUGUAAGUACACAAAGAAUGCUUUUCAGCCCCCUGAUAAAAUUUUGUAUGCUUUUAUGCUGAUUUUAUGAUGUAUAUGUGACAAACAUUUGGAUGAAACAUAAGGCAGCUUUCAGUUUUAAUUGAACAUCUUGCAUAGAAAUGUAUGAUCUGCACAUAUCCUUAAAAAUACUCUAACUUAUUCUGGCUGACUUGCUGCAUUCCAAUUUUGACAUGCUUUGGAAGUCUGUUUCCUGUUGCUGUCAGUGAGUCUUCAAAUGCUGUGUCUGGAGACAGCACUUAAAAAAAAAAUCAAGUUGUAGGUGGUGGAGCAUGAGCCAAAACCCUGUCUGUGCAGGCAUGGGUGGAAAGCUGGGGCCAGGCUGUGUGUGUGCCCUGCUCAGCUGUGCUAGCAGAGAUCCUCCUCAGCUCUGCACCAUACACCCUCCUCUGCCUGGGUACCACUAAGAGCCUGCCACCGCGUCUGAUGAGCCUGAGAGUUCGCUGCCCCUUCUGCAUCGCCUGCCUUGGGAGGGAAGAGCCAGUGCCGGGGCGAUGGGGGGCUGAGGAGAGAAGGGGCUGCCUGCCUGCCUUCUCCCUCCCUAGCGUCCUGUCCCUUUGCAGUCACAGAAACCCUGUAAAUCACGGCUGUUUGAUUAACGUCAGGAGAAGACUAAUAGUAAAUUCAACUUCAUUUUUGCACUGUUCUAUUAAGCCUUUUUUCCCCAGUAGCACUCUUUUAAUAUAUAUUUAUAUUUUAUUUUAUAGCAAAUAGCUUGCUAAAGACAGGUUUUUAAAGGAGAAAUAAAAUCCUGUAUUCUGAGGUUUUUUGACAUUUUGGUACAUGGUAGAAAUUGCCCAGAGCUGCCAGAACAGACUGCUACAUGUACUCUUGUGCUGCUGUGAAUUAAAAUCACAGAGAAAUUUGGGGUGGAAAAUUUGUUUCUGUGAUGUGGUAUUUCUUCCUGAGAUCUGGAUAAAGUAAGAUGAUGAGGUAACAUCAUGGUGCUGUGGUCAACUUGCAGAACAUCAGUACUUAAGUCUGUAACAAACAGAUUCAUUAAGAAUUUGGCCUGCUCGGGGAUUUGUGCCAGCCUAGUUUGCGUGCCUUUUGACAUUGUUCUUAGUGCCAGUCCACACUGCUGCUGGUGGAUCUACACGAUGCUCUUCUGCAGAAUUGCCAAGUUUCUGCACAAAGUCUUCUGCUCAGUAACCAUCCUCAGUUUUCCAGCCAUUGCUCUUGACAGGUACUAUUCUGUUUUAUACCCUCUGGAAAGAAAAAUAUCUGAUGCAAAAUCCCGAGACCUGGUUAUUUACAUCUGGGCCCAUGCAAUAGUGGCCAGCAUUCCGGUAUUUGUUGUGACCAAUGUGUCUGAUAUUUAUGCCAUGUCUACCUGUUCCGAACCCUGGAGCUACUCUCUUGGCCACCUGAUCUACGUCAUCAUCUAUAACAUCACCACUGUGAUUGUACCAGUGGCUGUGGUAUUUCUCUUCAUGAUUCUUAUUCGCAGGGCACUGAGUGCCAGCCAGAAGAAAAAAGUCAUCAUAGCUGCCUUAAGGACCCCUCAGAAUACAAUUUCCAUCCCUUACGCCUCCCAGCGAGAAGCUGAGCUUCAUGCCAUGCUGCUUUCUAUGGUUAUGAUAUUUAUUUUCUGCAGCGUUCCCUAUGUGACUCUGGUGGUUUACCGCACCAUACUCAAUAUUUCAGAUAUUUCAGUCUUCUUGCUCCUCACUGCCAUUUGGUUGCCUAAGGUCUCUUUGCUAGCCAAUCCUUUGUUAUUUUUAACUGUUAACAAAUCUGUACGGAAGUGCUUAGUGGGGACGAUAGUACAGCUGCACCAAAGGUAUAGCAGGAGAAACAUUGUCAGCUCGGGCGGUGUUGCAGAUGCUAAUCUGGAGCCCAGUGUCCGUUCAGGGAGCCAGCUUCUGGAGAUGUUUCACAUUGGGCAACAACAAAUCUUCAAGCCAACAGAGGAUGAGGAGAAUGAAACUAAAUCUAUUGGCUCUGGUGACUUUCAGCAGAAAGAAAUACCUACCACCAGCUUAGAGGUAGAAGAGACUUUGGUUCACAAAUUUGCACCACAGAUGAUUGCAGACUCUGCAGCUCAGGUAGCGCCAGCUGUGCCCACUGAAGCUGAUAUGGUAAAUGACAAGUAUUCCAUGCAGUUUGGUUUUGGACCCUUUGAGCUGCCUCCACAGUGGCUUUCAGAAAACCGGAACAGUAAGAAGCGACUUCUGCCUCCUUUGGGGAAUACCCCUGAAGAGCUAAUCCAGACAAAGCAGCCUAAAUGUAAAGCAGAAAGAAAAAUCAGCAGAAACAAUAAAGUCAGUAUCUUUCCCAAGGUGGAUUCUUAGGAAGAGCAGGAGCUUUAAGUGACAGAUGAAGGUCGCCUUCUGUUAAAUGUGUGAUCCCAUGGAUCUUUGUUGUGCUUAAAUAUGUUACAGGCUGAUUUUUUUGUGCCAAAUACAAUUAAAACAAACAAAAGGGAAACACACACGUGUUCUUUAUUAAUGUGUUUUCAUGAAAAUAAUAUAUUGAAAGAUGGUGAUUCUUGAUUUUAUUUGUGAAAUACCUACAAUAAUAUAUUCCUGAUUCGCUUUCAAAAAAACAGACAUGGCUUUGGGAACACUUUUCUUAUGACUGUAGAAUGGAAAUGUGAUUGUUUGUUUGCUGGGGACCCUUUAUAUUAAAAUGGACUGGCUAUCAAAGAAGCUUAAUAGGAAGGCUUUAGGGAGUACAAGAGGAUGCAAAAUGGCUAAGACCUAACCUUGUGAAAACAGACACAGCCAGCUUCUGCACAAUUCAUUAAUGAAAUAAGAUGGACUACUAAGUACAUCUAUUAUUAAGCCAAUUUCUCAAAUCAAUGUUAAAAUAAAACUUGCUGGACUCUUGCACAAAUUAGUUACCAAUUAUCUGUUGAACUAAACUUUUUUAAAACUUAAUACUGUAUUUUGGCUUAAAAAUUCAGUAAAUUUAAGGAUAUCCAAAUUGUUGUGUGUAUCACAAACCUGAUAAAAAGAUCCUGAAAUGCCAUUUCUUUUUUGAAAAACAUACGUUCUUGUUUAUUGGGGUCAGGAUUUGUCCUGCAUUGUCUCCAGUCUAGCUUUUACUUCAAGCUCCAUGAAUAUAUAUGUGCCAAGGGCAUAAAUGUCACAUUUUGAUCCUGUGAAAAAGGACACAAUGUCCCAACAGUGUUAUGUAUGUAUUGUGUACAUAAGCAAUAGACUUGUAUCUAUUGUUGCACUCUGCUUGUUUUCUUACAGGAAAGCUAGCAAAUGAAAGAAAAGGGUCAGAAAUGCUAGCAGUCUUGUAUUGAACCUGUUGAGCGAGGAAGCUGAUAAAGGACUGCAAAAGGCAAGUUUUGCUAAUGCUGUUGAUCUGUAUUAAGAGGUAGGGAGGUUUUCCUUUUACCUUCACUGCUAUAAAUACCAAUCUUCUUACUCCAAUUUUCUCACAGAUUAGACCACCCAGUGUACAAACAUGAGACUUCCAAAUCUGGUGAAUCAGUUGCACCAUCCCUGGUAUCAGCACAACAGCCUUUCUAGGAGAGUUGUUGAUUGUACUUCAGCUUGCCCCCUGCACAUCACCUUGUUUAUACUGUGUGAAUUUCAAAUUGUGUCAGUCUGUUAGAUGACCUUGAAACUAUUGUAACCCUGGUAUUUUAAUCCUUGUUCAGUCGCAAGUAGUCUUUCCUUCUUUCUUAUUGGCAUUCAUUGUUCUCUCAGUGGGUAGUUUCUGAAAAGCACAAUCUAGUAAUGCCCAGACACUCUGUGUGAUUCUCCUGUAGUUCAGCCCUUUGGUGCAUGUUGGACCUUCACCUAUUGUAACUGCCUGUUUAUGAAAGUAGUUUUCUUUAAAAGCAUAUGUUUUAAAAGGACAAGGUGAAUUAUCUUGCCAAGUUCACAGUAGCUUGCCAAAUCCAAACAGUUACUGUUGAAAGUGGACCAAAAAAAAAAAAUCUGCUGAAGCAAAAUUUGGAGAUGUACCCGUUCUUCCUUUCAUGUGUGUGAAGCAAGUCAACAGCUUCUGGUGGCUCUGAGGUGGUAGAUUUCUACACGGCAUUCAAAGCAAAUGUUUUAAUAAAAAAUAAUUU